AUGCUUUUAGACUGGAGCGUUUAUGGAUCAGGCGUCAUCGCUGCCGCAGUCGUUGCAUGUGCUUUCUUUCUCGUAACCUCGAAGCAUCAGGGCCUCUCUCUCCCUCCCAGUCCACCUGGCGCCCACUGGUUCAAGGGUCACUCAAUGCCAUAUGACUACUCCUUCCUGCAAGUAACACGAUGGGUCGAGGAACUUGGCCCAAUCAUCACACUCAAGCAACACCGGCAAAAUGUCGUCAUCAUUGGACGCUAUCAAGCUGCCGUCGACAUCAUGGAGAAGCAAGGCGCCUUAUCUGUCGAUAGGCCACGGAGCAUAGCCGCGGGGGAGAUUUUGUCGGGAGGCCUUCGUCUGCUAUUUACGUCGGCUGGACCGAGAUUCAAGAAGAUGCGCAAGGCACUUCAUUCGCACCUGCAGCCAAAGGCAGCCGAGAGAUAUCAGCCAAUCCAGUUGGCGCACGCGCGCAACAUGGUCAUCCACCUUCUCGAUACGCCCGAAGACUUUCAACUGCAUGCCCAAACGUACGCAGCGUCUGUCAUUCUCCAGAUAUCCUACGGCAAAACAUCGCCAACCUCCGCGCUCGAUCCUGAUGUCCAAGGAGUACAGCGUGCGAUGAACAAUAUACGCAAAGCGCUGCAACCUGGCGCUUAUCUUGUCGAGUCUUAUUCGUUUUUGAAAUAUGUUCCGUGGUACGCUUCUGACUUGAAGGAAGCGCACAAAGAAGACGCUGAACUAUACAUGCGCCAAUUGGACCGCGUGAAGAGUCAGAUGGCGAGCGGCGAUGCAGAGCCAUCUUUCAGCAAGUUCCUAUUAGAGAACCAGGCUGAGGUUAACCUCACGGAGAAAGAAAUGGCGUUUCUCACAGGAGGCUUCUUCACCGCUGGCUCAGAUACGACUUCGCUUGGUAUCUGCAUCAUCCUAAUGUGUGCAGCGCUACAUCCCGAGGCGCAGACUGCGGUUCACGAAGAAAUAGAUGCUAUCAUCGGGAAGGAUAGGCCUCCAACGUUCGAAGACCAUGAUUCUUUGCCACAGCUUAGGGCGUUCAUCGCGGAGACUAUGCGGUGGCGACCUAUAAUACCGCCCGGCUUACCGCAUAGGACCACCGAAGAUAUUUUCUGGGCAAGCCCUCGGCAUAUUCCCUUCGGAACAACGUUGUUCGGUCAUCACUGGGCAAUCUCACGAGACCCCGACACCUUCCCCGACCCCGAUACUUUUGAACCUCAGCGCUGGAUAACCGGCGAAGGUCACUUUCGAGACGAUCUCAAGUUCUUUCCCUAUGGGUUCGGGAGGAGGGCCUGUCCAGGGUUGCACAUUGCGAACCGCUCUUUGUUCAUCACUGCCCUCCUCAUAUUAUGGAGCUUCCGUCUCUCCAUGCGAUCACCGUCAGGCAAUGUAUUCGCAUACUCGCGAGGAUUCAUUCCGCGCGAGCGGGCAUUUGAUAUUAAAUUUGAGCCGACUCGGAGAAUGGACAGGAUGGAGCUACGAGCGGCUGUGAAAAGCUAUUGA